AUGGGAUCCAUAAGAAGUGAAGACAUUCUGAAACUUCUCAGACUCAGGCCACAGGCACCAUGGAUCAAUACUCUCAUCCAUUCCUUCCAGUUACCUGCUCUUGGCAGCCAACAGGGAUGGGUUGGAAACCUGCUGCUCCCAGCACCUACAGCCACACCUUUGGAUGCUGACCACAAGAACAACCAGAAGAUGGUGGGCUCUCCUGGCUAUUGUGCUGGCUUCCUCCUUCCUGUCCUCCUUCUCCAGGUGUCUACAUGGUACUCAACAGUGUCCGGGUUUUCUGUAAAGGGACCGGUUGAGCCAACCGUGGUUCUGCUAGGGACAGAUGCCACUCUGCCUUGCCAGCUGUCCCCUGAGCAGAGUGCAACCCACAUGCACAUCCGGUGGUACCGAGCCCAACUCUCCCCUGCUGUGCUUGUGUACCAGAAUGGACAGGAACAAAGUGGGGAGCAAAUGCUGGAAUACCGUGGCAGGACAGAGUUGGUGAGGGACUCCAUCAGCAAAGGGGGUGUGGCCCUGCUGAUCCAACAUGUCCGUGCUUCUGAUCAUGGCCAGUACCGGUGUCAUUUUAAGGAUGGUCACAGUUCCCAAGAAGCCGUUGUGGAGCUGCAUGUUAUAGGGUUGGGCUCUGUGCCUCAUGUUCACAUGAUGGGGCCUGAGGAUGGUGGGAUACGAAUACUGUGCUCUGCAGAAGGCUGGUUCCCAAAACCCAGGGUACAAUGGAGUGACAUGAUGGGUGUGAAGUUACAGUCUCUCACUGAGUCUCACACCCAAGAUGAAGAUGGGCUCUUCCAUGUGGAAGCAUCUCUUGUGGUCACAGAUAGCUCUCUGGGCAAUGUGACCUGUUCCAUCCAGAAUCCCCUCUCUGGUCAGGAGAAGGUGUCAGCCAUCUACCUCCCAGAGCCCUUCUUCCCCAGGAUGUCUCUAUGGAAGGCAGCCCUGGUUGGGACAGUCCCUACGCUGGUGCUCCUCCUCACUGGGAUCAGCUACAUUGGCUGGAGAGAACACCAAGCCAAAGAAAGAGAAGUAAAGAAAAGGAAGAAAGAAUCUCAGGAAAGAGAUCAGAUGGAGAAUGAAAAGGAAUUGGCACUUAAGGCGAAAGGUAAAUUGGAACAGCAGGACAAAUCAGAUCGAAAGGCACUAUACCAUGCAGUUUGGAAGAAGGCCCUGCUGUAUCCUGACUGGAGGAAGGAACAGUUCCAGCCUGCCACUGUGACUGUAAAUCAGGAAAUCUUUCAUCAGAAUAAUUCUGACCCAGAGAGAAAAGAGAACUUCAAAGAGGAAACACACGAUCUAUCUCUCAGGGAUAAGCAAGGAGACUGCAACCUUAUCACAUUGAAUCAGCAAGACUUCACCUCAGGAAAACAUUACUGGGAAGUGGAUGUUAAGGACGCUGAUGAGUGGACUCUAGGCAUUUAUGAGAAUCCCACAGACAGCAGGGAGUUAUCCAAAGAUCUACAAAACAAGAAAUUCAGAGUCUUAGAGAAGAAAGGAUGUGAAUACAGGGCUCUCACCUAUUGCCUCCAAAACAUUUCUCUGCAAGAGUGUCUCUUGAUAAAAAAGUGUCCACAAAAGAUUGCGAUUUUUUUGGAUUAUGAGGAUAAUGACAUUUCUUUCUAUGACAUGACGGAGGGUACCCACAUCUUCUCCUUCACCCAGGCAACUUUCUCUGGGUCACUCUAUCCUUACUUCAACCUUAAAUCCAUGAAGCUCUCCUUAUAG